ACAUUUUCCUCACAUUUACACAUCUCAGUCUACAAGAGAGAGACACAGAGAGAGAGAAAACAACCUUAAUCUUCCAAAUUCUUUUUCCUGGUUUGUUAAGUAGCCAAGGGUUGGGUGGGGCUUUUGUGAAUAUAAAGCUCUCCUUCAUUUUCCCCUCACAGAAGAACAUGGCCAAGCGAGUCGCAAUUGUGGGAGCUGGAGUGAGUGGCCUGGCCUCCAUCAAGUGCUGCCUGGAGGAAGGACUGGAGCCCACCUGCUUUGAGAGGAGCGAUGACCUGGGGGGACUGUGGAGAUUCACAGAACAUGUUGAGGAGGGCAGAGCUAGUCUCUAUAAGUCUGUGGUUUCCAACAGCAGCAAAGAGAUGUCUUGUUACUCAGAUUUUCCAUUCCCAGAAGAUUAUCCAAACUUCGUGCCAAAUGCUCUGUUCCUGGAAUAUCUCAAAUUGUAUGCAAAUCGGUUCAACCUUCUGAAAUGCAUUCAAUUCAAGACCAAAGUCUGCAGUGUAACCAAACGUCCAGAUUUUGCCAUCUCUGGACAAUGGGAAGUUGUUACUAUGCAUGAAGGGAAGCAAAGCUCAGCCAUCUUUGAUGCUGUCAUGGUCUGCACCGGUUUUCUCACUAACCCUUCCUUGCCCCUGGAUUCCUUCCCAGGUAUAAAUUCGUUUAAAGGCCAGUACUUCCACAGUCGACAGUAUAAACAUCCAGACAUAUUUAAGGACAAGCAAGUUCUUGUGGUUGGAAUGGGAAAUUCUGGCACAGACAUUGCUGUGGAGGCCAGCCACCUGGCAAAAAAGGUGUUCCUCAGCACCACUGGAGGGGCAUGGGUGAUCAGCCGAGUUUAUACUUCAGGAUACCCAUGGGACAUGGUGUUCAUGACACGAUGUCAGAACAUGUUCAGAAAUUGUCUCCCAACGCCGAUUAUGUCUUGGUUGCUAGCAAGAAAAAUGAACAGCUGGUUCAAUCAUGUGAAUUAUGGCUUAGCACCAGCAGACAGGACUCAACUAAGAGAGCCUGUGCUCAAUGAUGAGCUCCCAGGCCGGAUCAUCACUGGGAAAGUCUUAAUCAAGCCAGGCAUAAAGGAGGUGAAGGAAAACUCUGUCAUAUUCCACAACACAGCAAAGGAAGAACCCAUUGAUAUCAUCGUCUUUGCCACAGGAUACACCUUUGCUUUCCCCUUCCUUGAUGAGUCCAUAGUGAAAGUUGAAGCCGGCCAGGCAUCCCUGUACAAGUAUAUCAUCCCAGCACAUCUGCAGAAACCAACUCUGGCUGUGAUUGGCCUCAUCAAACCCUUGGGCUCUAUGGUACCCACGGGAGAAACACAAGCUCGAUGGGCUGUUCAAGUCCUGAAAGGUACAGUUGCAUUACCUCCCCCAAACGUCAUGAUACAAGAAGUUAAUGAAAGAAAAGAAAACAAACAUAAUGGGUAUGGUUUGUGCUACUGCAAGGCUUUGCAAACUGACUAUAUACCAUACAUAGAUGACCUCCUGAAAUCUAUCAAUGCAAAACCCAAUUUGCUGCUCAUGUUCCUGACGGACCCACGCCUGGCUCUGAGUGUCUUCUUUGGCCCGUGCUCACCAUACCAAUUCCGUCUGACAGGCACAGGAAAGUGGGAAGGAGCCAGACAGGCCAUCAUGAUGCAGUGGGAACGAACCCUGAAGGCCACCAAAACUCGAUUUGUAUCAGAAUCCCCAUCUCCCUUUGACUAUUUGCUUAAACUUUUUAGCUUUCUCAUUCUGCUUGUGGCUGUAUUCUUGAUUUUCCUCUAGGUACAGGUCUUCUGUAACUGGCUUCUCAGGUGCUUGGAGGUCAAUGCUGUGACUCCUCUAUUACAUCAGUGUUCCCUUCAUAGUCAUAAAUUGCAUCCAGAGAGUGAAGGCCAGCCCAGCUCCUCCCCAGCUGAUCCUUGGAAUUUCUAAGCCUUUCCAAGCCCCAUGAAGUGUAAUGCUGGAGGAGAAUGCCUACAGUGUUGAGAGUUUCCAGGUCCACUUAAGAAGGGAGCUGUUCCAGACAGCACUGUCAACAAUCAUUUAUCUUUCCCAUAAAAACUAUGCUCAUAGAUCUCAACUAAAACCCCUACCUCACAGAAGAUUGGGUUGCACUAAAAUGGUAUUGGCUAACUACAAAUAAAAUGAAACUUAGAAACUAA